AUGCCAGCUACGGAUAGGUACUACCCGUUCUGUCGAUGGGUGAGUGACUACGUACAUGAGCUGGAUUUGAUAAAGCACCAAGCAUUGUAUCGUCAUGGAAACUUGGUAGUCAUUGUUACGUUUUGCUUAUUGACAGCUUGCCUAUUAUUCCUCUCGAGCCCCAAAAAGGAAUAUGAGAUACACUCUGGAUCGAAGUCUGAAUGUACCUACAACCCCAUGACCCCGAUCGCGAAUACACACGGCCCCCAUGGUUACAAACUAGAGGGGCUCAGACCUAAUAACACACCAGCACACAAGAACGGAAAUACUAACGAACUUAGUGGACAUGCUCGUCCUUCAGACUACGACUGCAACCCUUGCUGCAACUCUUACACUUGCCUACGGUCCAGUUGCCUACGGUCCAGUUGCCUACGGUCCAGUUGCGGCAACGAUAGUGGUACCCCGCAGCCCAAGCGUCCUGACAAGCAUAGAACUAUGUACGAUGGCCUUCUGCCAGCCGACAGCCUUCUGUUGACAGGUGGCCUCCUGUCAGCCGGUGGCCCUCUGUCAGCCGGUGGCCCUCUGUCAGCCGGUGGCCCUCUGUCAGCCGGUGGCACUCUGUCAGCCGGUGGCCCUGUGUCAGCCGGUGGCCCUCUGUCAACGAUGAUAAGCAACUCGGAAAGUGAUAAGAACCCCAGUGGCCGGUCCUUCAGCGAACUCCGAAACGGACUGAGUCGGGUAGCUAGUGCUGAAGCUGCGUUUCCUACACCGAGACUGGACUCGAGUCCCUCCGACUCGUCGAGCGCUUCCGACCGGUCGAGUGAGUCGUCAACUUCGAGUUCACGAAGCCUUGAGAGACUGACCGCUUCGGUCGGUCCUCCCUUUCACAAGGGCUCGGCUGAUCGCCGGGUUCCUCGAUCCGUGUAUGGAGGGGUUAGAAUACGGCGUAUAAGAGCCCCCGCAUCUCGCAAGGCGGGCGGUUCAAUUCCAACCCCGCGCACUACCACACCCCAAAAGCGACCCUGGAGGGACAUGACUCCGCAGGUAUCCAGGUCUGUGAGUCGAACCUACUCUUUCGAAAUAAUUCGAGACUAA